AUGUCGGUCCGGCCCCAACAGCAGCACCAGCACCAGCUCCAGCAUCAACAUCAACGUCAACAUCAGAGCAACCAUCCACUCCAACAUCAGACUGCUCCUGCGCCGGCAGCCCUGUUUGUGGGCAUGCCAAGCUCCGGCCCCGGGACCGUGUACGCAUCUACAUCGCCAAGCCUGCCGCAGCGCAUCGGCCUCCCCGAUGUGUCGGGCUCCGGCAUUGCCACCUCUGUUGCAUAUGGCUUACCUGUCAUCGGUUCCGGUAUACCCGUGCCGGUCGACGAUGUCAAGCCGGAUCCGGUGAGCAGUGACAGCUCUGUGGCGCUUGGGGAGCCGCUCAGGAAGAAACAGAAGCGGAACAAGCCUACCCUCUCGUGCUCGCAAUGCGUGGAGAGGAAAACAAAGUUGCGUCUCUGUCGUGCAAGCAAAUUCCGAACCUUGUGCCCGUUUGCUCACCUUGUGAAUGACAGAGAGACGCGAAGUAGCAGCAAUGGUCUUCGCAUGUUGAAGGCCCCUCGAAAGAAGAGACCAGAGCCCCCGGUAUCACCCGUGACUGCAAAAUCCGACUCGCGUCUCUCGGCGGCCGGUCAAAGCCCGCUCCACGGAUCAGUUGCGCUGUCAACUGGACUACUUUCCCACAUUCCGCACUCUCAUCCGACUGCUUCCAACAUCUUUGGAGUCGGAACCAGGCAUCCGUUUGAGAACACGUGGAGCUAUCACGGUGGCCUUCCCGAGGUCAUCUUCUGCAUACCGGAAAAGGUUCAGUGUGACAUACUGCUGACGACCUACUUUGACCGCGUGGAUCCCGUGUAUCCUAUGAUCCACCGGCAGACCUUUUACGCCGACUAUGAACAUUUCUUCUCGCUCAGCAAGGAAGAUAGAGACAAGACCGAUGCCGACUUUGUGGCCCUUGUGUGCGUCAUGCUGGCGCUGGCUAACCAGUUCCUGCCUGAUCUGUUCUCGCAGGCUGAGAGGAAGAACUCGGCAGAGUAUCUGGCAUCGGCCAGUAACCAGGCGCUCAGGGUAGGCAGCUACCUCAGCAGGGCAUCGAUAAGAUCCGUUCAAGCGAUGGUUUUGAUUACUUACUUUCUCAUCAACGACAACCAUGCUUCUGACGGAUGGGCCUUUGCCGGUGUGCUCAUGCGACAAGCGUAUGCGAUGGGGCUUCACCGCGACCCUAACCUGGUGGCACCAGAGGCCACCGUUUUUGAGAAGCAGCAGAGGAGGAAAGUUUGGCAGGCCGUGCUGCUACAGGACACGUUUCUCACUGUCCUUCUGUCGCUGCCACCGACAGCAACCCACACGGAUGUUAAUGUGGAGGACUUCUUGGAGGAUGAUUCUUCCAUUGCAUCGUCGAACCCACUCGACAAUGCAUACAUCAGGAGUUCCUGGUCGCUGGCCAACUUGGUACAGGAGGCCAUUUGUAGCCCACGUUCGCUCGACAUGCCGAUCUGCGCCACGGCACGGCACAAGAGCAAGCUUGUCGCGGACUUCAAAGCCGUGUACCGAUCGUUUCCAGAUACCUUCCGCAGCCUGGAUGCGGACGUCCUGUCCCAAAUGGCGCAGGGCCCCGUCAAUGGGCCACAGCGUGUGGUGCGACAAGCUUUGUUCCUCAACAGCAACUACUUCCAUAACCUGAUGCUUGUGCACGCCUCGGAGAGCCCCGACGUGCCGAUCAAUGCCAAGGGCGCACUAGAUGCUGCACACCAGGCAAUAUCGGCCUUCUUCAUCCUCUUUCAGGAGUUCGAGCUCGACGCCAGGGUGUGGUGGGUGUUUAAUCACCGGGCGUUCCUCGAAGCGUUGUGCAUCGGAGGAAUUUUACGGGAUGCUGAACGAAACACCGAGACUGGCGAGCAUGAAGAUGGGAGGACGAACAACGGGAACAUCAAGGAUCCGAUAUACACAAGGGCCAAGGAUGAUAUUAAUCGAAUGAUUGAAAUUAUGAAGAUAAUGGGGGAUGGUGAGAAUGGCUCAGAGGUUGCCAGGACAAGAGUUCAGGUCCUGAGUGAAUACCUAUAG